AUGCAGCCUAGCAUUUGCAGCUUCGUGUGUUCCGUGUGCUUUGGAAAAAUCUCGAGUGGCAUUCGCCGGCCGGCAGAAUUAAUUCGCCAGCGCCAGACGGUCACACUGCACACAGCAAGCAGCCCCAAGAUGGAGGAUUGUGAAAGCGAUGCCUUUAUGCUGGACGAUCUGCAACUGGCCGCAGAGCUGGGGAAAACUCUGCUGGAGCGGAACAAGGAGCUGGAGGGGCAGAUCAAGGAGUACAAGUUCAAGGCGGACGAGCAGGAGCGCGAGAUCGUGCACCUGCGGAAGCACAUCAAUGCCAUGACCGAGGUGAACGACUCCCGGCUCAAAGUCUACGAGCAGCUUGAGGUGGGGAUUCAGGACCUGGAGCGGGCCAACCAGCGGCUGAAUGUGGAAAAGAGUCGCGACAAGAAGCAGAUCAAGCUGCUCACAGCCAAUGCCGAGGGCCUGGAGGCUCGCUGCGAGGAGCUCACCCAGCAGCUGAGCGAUGCCCGGCAAUCGCUAAGCACGGAACGGCGAAAGGUCGAUCGUUAUCAGCAAGAACGGCAGAACAUGAAGGCCGCCGAGCCACCGGUGUGUUUCAACACCAAUUCACCCAUAACCAGCGACCAGGAGUUGGGUUUUCCCCAACUCCAGGCCAUAGCCCUGGCCAGUCCCGAGAACCUCUCGCUGUGCAAUGCCAACCUGGCCCUGAGUCUGGCCGAAAAGAGCUCUAUGAAGAGCGAGGACAGCGAGGAACUGGUCAGGCUGCUGGGCGAAAUGGAGACCAUUAAGCGGGACUUCCUCACCGAGCAGCAGCGUUGCGCCGAACUGGAAGAGCAGCUGGUGUCCAUUAUCCAGGAGAACCAGUGCUUGCAGGGCCGCCUGGCCGACAAUAGUGCCAACCAGGAAAUGAUGUCCAUGCACGAGGAGCUCUCCCUUCUAGACGACGUGCGGCAGGGCCAGAUGUGCAGUCGCUGCCUGCGGGACAUCAACGAGAGCAUCCACAAUCUCGACGAGCAGUCGUCCGUGGCCCCCACGGAGGAGAUCUACGAGGACGACGAGCGGAGCAUGCUCAGCGAAAGCACCUCCAAGUUCAGUCACAGUGCCAUUGAAGAUCGCUUCCGGAAGCCCGGCGACGAUCCACAACUGAACGCCAUCGAAAGCUCAAAUCCGUAUCGGGAUCUAGUCGAGAAAUAUGAGGCUCUGCUGGAGGUGCAGCGGACUUCCAUUGCCUCGAAAAAUCUAGCCGAUGCCAAAAAGACAAAUGACUUGAUUCCUCCUCCGCCAGUUCUGCAGCAGAAAGAGGAGACCAUUGUCAGCAGCUCAAAGGAAUCUGUGGUGACGCUCAACAAUGCCCCCAUCGAGUUCUCGGAAGCGGAGACCUCCUCGUCGGGCUUCUCUGACGGAACGGGUAACAAGUGCACACAGACCGAGGAGCGGCCCAGCUCCUUCCUUUGCUCAAUCAGCAAUGGCAACGAUUGCAAGUUUAGUAUCUACGACGAUGUCAGUCCCAUUGAAUCUCACUUCCGCAACCGUCCCGAGCACCGGGAGCUCUUCAAGGAAAUCUUUGGGGUGCUGAAGAAGGCGGCCGACAACAAUGAGAGCGAAGAUAAGCAAGGGGUUGAGGCAAGUGCCACAGCUGCUUCGGAUAUCCCAGUUCCCCAGGUGGCCAUACCAACCCUGAAGGAGGAAUCCCCCGAGGACGACACCCAGAGCGUGGUCUCUUCGAUCAUGUCCAGUCAGUCCAUAGCCAUAUCGGAGUGCGUGACCAAGCUUGAACGGAAGACUGCCAAAAAGCACAUACUAUCCGUCUCAAGCUCUUUGAACUCGGCCUCCAAGCAGGGCUCGGUUUGUGAACCCUCCACCAUGAAGCCCAUUGAGGAGAAUGGCCGUGUGCUGACGCCUCUGAAACGGGAGCCCCUCGAGUAUAUAACCAUAGCAGUUGGCAUUAAGAAAAAGAAUAGAAGGAAGCACCGCAACCAGAGCUCAUCCCGCGACCGCGUCGACUUGAUUGACUCCCGUGAUAAUCUGAGCCGGAACAGUCCUCUGGCCAUCAGGCAGCAGCACCAGCACCACAUGGGGCAGGGCAGUGUCUCGGCUCCACUGAACAGAGACUUUGGACGCGGCUUUAGCCGCAGAGGCAAUGCUCCCUCUUCGUCGUCGUCGGCGUUCUCGGGCAACUGGAAUGGCUCCCCUAUGGUGAUUUAUAACCAAAACAUGAACACGCCUCGAACUUCGCGUGGCCACAAUACCGUGUCCCAGGAUCUGCAUAAACUCAAAAAGCUCGAUCUGUCCUAUGCCGAGGUAUUGCGACGCGCCGACCCUCCCUGUGAUUAUGUUACCCCGAAAUUGCAGCAUUCCCAGCGACAGCAGCAGCAGAGCAACGGUUCCACCUCGCGGAAGAACCGCCAGAGACGCCAAUAAAUCUACUUUUAAGGGAACUUAGUAAUUAUUUAUACCGAAACCGAAUCCUUUUUUACCGGGCAUUUAAAUCCUUUUAAUUUGAUGUGUCAUGAGAACUCUAGUCCGUUUCGAAAGCAUAUAAGACAGUUAAAUUGCCUGUAAUCGUAAUCUCUAUAAAUCUAUCCCUAUAAUCCGGCAAUAGUUCGCUUGCUGUUACAAUUGUCUCAUGUUUCCUCGUAGUUUCUCGUAAAUUGUGAAUAAUUAACGAGCGGGCUAAGCUUGCAAAAGACGAUAACUUACAUAACUUGAAUUUAUAUCUACAAAAUCAGCAUGACUAAACUUAAUAUUGUAUCCUAACUAGUAAGUCUUUUAUUUCUGUAGUACUGUUUUGUGUAUUUAUUAAGAUCUCUCUCUAGUUUACAAAUUAAUAAAAUUACAACCAAUGGGCA